CGAUUGCGAGCGUUUGCGAGGCUUUCUUUUUUGCAAGUUUCCGUAAAGUUGCGCUGGGAAGUUCUCUCAUUGCUGGGAUUUCCGAAGGUUCUGAAACGUCGCUGAACCAGUCGAAGUUGAGUGAGGACUGCACGGCCCCACUCUUCAGCCAGAUUUUCCGCUCUUUGACGUCACAGUCGCUGUUAUUGUUGCCUGCAACACCACAUGUAAUCUGUAAGCCCCUCUUGGUGAUGCCUUCAAGAACCUCCAUCACUGCAUAUCAAUCGUCAAAAUGCCCUCCAACGGCUCGUAUCAGAACUCAAACCAUCCUCAUGCAGGACCUUGGACAGGCCCAAUCCAUCGGCCGUGGCUGUACCUCAAGAGGGCCGGCGUUGCCGCGUCGUAUCCUUUACGUGGCAUCUGGUUCUUCAUUCAAAACCGCGAGUUCUGGCCACUCCUGCUGGGAAGGAUCCUGCCAAUAUCAUUAAUCUCGUUCUUGGUGUACCUUUUACUCUUCACGUUUGCCUUCUUGCCCCAGUAUGCUUUCUUAGCGAUCUUCCAUGGCUGGGGCGCGUGGGUCAAUGCUGUGGUACUGGUACUAGGCGAAGGAUUGGUCAUCAUCCAGGGUCUGUUCGAGGGCUUCUUCGUUGACGAAUGUCGAGUGGAUGUAUUUGAUGCGGCCCUCAUCAAGCUUGGACAUAGGGAUCUUGUUGCACCACAGCGAAUCCUAUUCUUAGACGCACCGAACCCGGUCAGAAUGCUCGGAAAGCCCACUACUGCUGCCAUCUACACUCCAUGGAGCAUCAUCCAGAUUGUUGAGCUCAUUGUCUUCCUGCCGCUCAACCUUGUUCCAGUUGUUGGCACGCCUGCCUUUAUCAUCAUCACCGGAACUCGACUCGGCAAGCUCGCUCAUUAUCGCUGGUUCCAGAUCAAGGGUUUCUCAAAGGCUGAGCAGAAGAAGGCAUUGAGGGAUCGCGCCUGGGAGUAUGUUUGGUUCGGCACAGUCGCCAUGAUUCUUGAACUCAUCCCUGUCUUGUCGCUCUUCUUUCUCCUGACAACUACAGCUGGUGCAGCUCAGUGGACGGCUCGGAUCGAGGAGGAGAGUAGGAGCCCUGCUGAGAAUACUGCUGCGAACGGUCAGACGUACCAAGAUGAUGCCCACGAGGACCCUCACCCCGAUGCACCUCCCCCUUACACUGAUUAUUCCGAUGAUGUAGUAUGAGCCAAGGAUAAUGAAUUACCAUGAUAUGAGUUUAAUGUUAUCUUGAUUGUCUAUUUCACCGACCUGCCAUUGGGUUCGACAACUGGGCUCGAUGCCAGUGUACUCAUAUUCUCUGCGCAUGAGCCCCUUCCAUUAUUCUGACCACACCUAGCACAUUCCCUUCACCGGAAGCAGCAUCUCCAAAAUGGAAGGCCUGCUGGGAUCCAGAAUGACUGAGGCACCAAACCUUGCAUGCCUGCCUGCUGAGUGCUUCCCUCGCGAGAAAUCGUCCCAUCUUGCGUGGCGUUCCAGGUGCAGGACACUGCCAACAGCUGGGGAACAGGAAGGAACACUGGCUGCUGAAUUUCGACUCGCUCAAGAGCCCAUGUGGUGACUUUAACUGAGUUCCAUGUGUUCGAAGUUCAAGUUACUAGUGAAGCAUCACAUCACAUUCUUAGAACUUGAAUAGAUGGACAUCUUACAAUAGCAAUAGAGACUAACUUAACAUUAAAUUGGAUUACCGCAUGCAAGUACAAAGUUAGACCUAGUUCUCACAUUGAUUGAUGCGCCUGCCUCUUUGGUUGAUCUGGUCCAAUAGGGGGACAACUGCCGGCUGGCAACUGCCUCACGCAGUGCCCGUACUCCUUCCUCCUCUCGUCGUGACUUCCUUACCCUCUGGCUCGCGCAACUCCUCAACGCGUCAUCCCCAACAUUCUGCCGCUCCAGAAGGAAGGAACUCCUGCCCUCGUCCCCCUCCGCCCCGGCACCCGCC